AUUUGGUUUGCCAACGGCGAAAGGUGAGCGGCGAGACGUGAGGCCAUUUACAGUACAAUAAGAAAAAAUAGGGAAACGAAAAAACACGUUGGAAACAAAGGCUUCGGUUCAGAAAUAGACAAGUAUCUGCCUCUUCUAAACCUCUCCGGGUUUUGUUGAUAUGCUCGUAUCAAGGGCCAAAAGGAUAUCUGGUUUGACAUGGAUGAAUUACCAGACCAGUUAGUGUGGGAGAUUCUAGGCAAGAUUAAGAAAACUGGGGACAGGAACUCUGUUUCAUUGGCAUGUAAACGUCUUUAUGCAGUUGAUAAUGAGCAGAGACAUUCGCUCCGGGUUGGUUGUGGAUUAGUCCCUGCAAAUGAAGCUUUGACUUCCCUGUGCAAUAGGUUCCCCAACUUGAGAAAAAUAGAGAUAACUUACUCUGGUUGGAUGUCCAAACUAGGAAAACAGUUGGAUGACCAAGGGCUCUCUAUUCUCUCUAACAGUUGCCCUUCCCUUUCUGAUCUCACAUUAAGCUACUGCACAUUCAUCACUGAUAUGGGUCUUCGUUAUCUGGCUUCUUGCUCCAAGCUUUCAGCUUUAAAGUUGAACUUCACCCCGCGAAUCACUGGGUGUGGAAUACUCUCUCUUGUUGUGGGAUGCAGAUACCUCACCAUUCUCCACCUCAUCCGGUGCCUGAAUGUUACCAGUGUUGAGUGGUUGGAAUAUCUUGGCAAGCUUGAAACUCUGGAAGAUCUAUCUAUUAAGAAUUGUAGAGCAAUUGGAGAGGGUUAUCUGAUAAAACUAGGACCUAGCUGGCGAAAUCUUAAAAGAUUGCAAUUUGAGGUGGAUGCUAAUUACCGGUAUAUGAAAGUUUAUGAUCGAUUAGCUGUAGAUCGAUGGCAAAAGCAGUGGAUCCCAUGUGAAAGCAUGCAGGAGCUGAGCUUGGUAAAUUGUAUCAUCAGCCCUGGGAGAGGACUGGCUUGUGUGCUAGGGAAGUGUCAAAACUUGGAGAAGAUUCACUUGGACAUGUGUGUUGGGGUAAGGGAUGCUGAUAUUAUAUGCUUAGCUCAAAACUCAAGAAAUCUCAGAUCUAUUUCCCUUCGGGUUCCCUCAGAUUUCUCACUGCCCCUGUUGAUGAACAAUCCAUUGAGAUUAACUGAUGAGAGUCUGAAAGCAAUUGCAGAAAAUUGUGCAUUGCUCGAAACAAUCAAGAUAUCUUUCUCUGAUGGGGAGUUUCCUUCAUUUUCAUCAUUUACUUUAAAUGGAAUCCUUACUAUGAUCCAAAAGUGCCCAGUUCGGGAACUUUCUCUGGACCAUGUGAAUGUCUUUAAUGAUGUUGGGAUGGAGGCUCUAUGCUCAGCCGAACAUCUUGAAACCCUGGAGCUUGUGAGAUGCCAAGAAAUAAGUGACGAGGGGCUCCAGCUUGUGAGCCAGUUUCCCCUUUUGCGGGUUUUAAGAUUAAGCAAGUGUUUGGGAAUUACAGAUGAUGGAUUAAAGCCUCUUGUGGGAUCAUUGAAACUGGACUUGUUGUCUGUUGAAGAUUGUUCUCAAAUUUCUGAAAGAGGUAUUCAAGGAGCUGCUCGAUCUGUGUCAUUUCGCCAAGACUUGUCGUGGAUGUACUAAAGUGAUACAGUUAUCAUGUCCUGUUUCUAGUUGCACAGUCUCUCAUCGUUUCAUAGAGUAAUUACUCAAAGAUGCUUGUCAUUUUUUUUAAUCAGCAAAAAUUGUUUUAUUAUCUAAGGAUUGUAACAUAGUUUUAUGCAAUAUAUGAAACUAUAAUGUGGCUAUUGUAAUGUUCAUGCCUCAUAACAGGACCAUGGAGCAAGAGGCAUUGUUUAUUCAAGUUCAGCAUGUUUCUUGUGAGACUGAUUGAGAUUGAGACGGUUGGUUCUUUCUGUAUUUUUACUUUUCUUGUUUCUAAACCAUUAGUGGUUGUUCAUAGAACUUGUGCUUUCUACGUUAUUAGACUUAUAUGCUCAUCUGUUUUCUAAACUAUUGCUUCCUCGGGUUUGUUCUUCAAUUUUCUUGGUUGUCUCUUUUGGAUUAGUUUAUUUCUAAAAUAAAGAGAGAUUCUUAUU